CGCAGGUCCAGCAGAGGAGCCACGCGGGGAGAGAGCCGAGGGAGGCGCGCGGAGCACCGAGCGCCAUGGAUCACAUCGGGAUCCUGGGGACUCACCUGCAGCAACACGCGCACGUGGAGCCCAUCAACUUCGGCAUCGAUCAGAUCCUCAGCAACGUGGAGCAGAGCUGCAUGCUGGGCGCGAGGAUGCACGAACCGGACUACGGACACCCGGCCUACAGCGGCGCGGGAGGCUUUACGUGCGGCGGCGGAUACGGCGGCGCCGCCGGCGGAUCAUGCGGGAUGGCAUCACUCGGGGGAGCUUACCACAUGAACAUGAGCGUCAACGUAAACGGAACCAACAUGGGCUCUACCGGGGUCAUCAGAGUGCCCGCGCACCGGCCGCUCAGCACCGGGAGCUCCGCGGGGCCGCCUGCCGCGAGCGGCGGCGUCAGCAACAUGGGCGCGCUGACUUUCCCCUGGAUGGAGAGCAACCGGCGCUACACCAAGGACCGCUUCACAGUCUCCCUCUCACCCCUCACUGUCACGCGCCGUGUAGGUCAUCCGUACCAGAACCGCACUCCGCCGAAGAAGAAGAAGCCGCGGACGUCGUUCAGCAGGCUGCAGAUCUGUGAGCUGGAGAAGCGCUUCCACCGCCAGAAGUACCUGGCGUCUGCGGAGCGCGCGGCGCUCGCCAAGGCGCUGAAGAUGACGGACGCUCAGGUGAAGACCUGGUUCCAGAACCGGCGCACCAAGUGGAGGCGGCAGACAGCAGAGGAGCGUGAGGCAGAGCGGCAGCAGGCCAACCGGAUUCUGAUGCAGCUGCAGCAGGAGGCCUUCCAGAAAACCAUCAACCAGCCGGUAGCACCUGACCCACUGUGCCUGCAGAACAGCUCGCUGUAUGCCCUGCAGAACCUCCAACCCUGGAGCGAGAACACAGCAAAGAUCAGCAGCGUGUCGGCUUGCGAGUAGAGGAUCCUGGUUCUGAUCCCAGCUGGGUCUGGAGGAGCAGACUGAUACCUGCUGAGGGGUUCUGGCCCCGCUAUUCCUGUCUUACAGACACUGGUACUGCUCUCAGCACUCCUCCCAUCUAAUGGGGCCCAUAUGUUGUAUUAUUAUGAUGAAUAUUUACCUAUGACGGAUUUUAAAACAUAUUUUUAUAAAGGUUUCUAUGUGUGGCUGUCGAGGGUUCUGUCCCACGGUAGCAGGGCCCCUCCCAGCCUCCUUAAAUGACUUUUUAAAUCAACCACAGAAUAACUAAGCACUUCUUUCAACAAUCUUUGUUUUUUUUUUUUAUGCAGAACGAAUGAGAUGAAUCGCUGAAACAUUAUGAGGAGAUAUGCUGGUGAAGGUUCUCUUUCAUCCAGGUCACAGUCAUUCCAAAAACGUUAAAAAACAAUCCACAUGACUUUGUUUCCAAGUUUGUAGACGUUUCGCCUCCCAUC